CCCUACUCCAAAUUACAUAACAUUAAGUCCAACUUCUCCAAACUUCAGGCUUUUGGUUGUGUGUGUUAUCCCUGGCUUCAGCCCUAUACAUCUAUAGUACUAAACUUCAAUCCUGUUAUAUUCAGUGUGUCUUUCUUGGUUACUCUGUUACUCAAUCUGCCUUUUACCGCCUGGAUCAUCACUGGGGUCGUAUCUAUGUCUCACGUCAUGUCAAGUUUGUUCCCACCGUUUUCCCAUUUCUCUCAUUUUCCAAGUCUCCUGCCGUCCAUAGUGGACCUCUCAUGCUGCCGUCAUCUCGGUCAGCCACUUCUCAUUCUAAUACUUCCGCGGCGACCUUUGAAGCCUCGCAGGCUGCACGGCAAGCUGAUGCUGGUUCUGCCCCGACUCCUUCAGCUGCCCUUGAGGUCCGCUGUGAGGGCCCUAAUUCGGAUAGUCGCACCGCUCUGGAGGUGUCACAAUCAAGGUGGUAGUCAGUUGCCAGAUCAGCCCUUCGAAGGAGAAGGCUUCCAAACGGCCCCGUACUGAGAUGGUUGCCGCUCCAAACCAGGGAGCCGAUUUGCCCUCGCUCAGCCGCCCCGCCAUCGACGCUUGGAGGAUUUUGUCUGCCGCUCAGGCUUGGAGCUGGUACCCUGACCGUCCCUCACGGCCGUGGAGGCGCCUUGCUCUCCUGCUUCCAGGCUUCUCUGUACCUGCUCUAGUUCGAGGCUUCUCUGGACUCGGACGCCCUUCAGGCCAAGAGGAAGGUUGAUGAAGCCGUCAAGGAGGCGGCUAAGGAGGCACGGUGAUCCGCUCAGCGGAAACUGGAUGAGGACGCUCAGCGGAAGAAGGAUCUCUGGGCCGCCCUGGACUAGCUCUUGAGAAGUUGGCCGCUGCAGAGUAGAUCGAGGUAGCUUUUCCUUUCGGCCCCAGCCCUGACCCUCAGUCCAGCCAAGUCUGGUGGGCCCAGUACCUCUGGGCUCGGGCUAUGAGAAGACGACCAUGUUUGAGGCGACCGCACAAAGGUAUGCAUGGGGUGCGGUUCGUGGUCUCUUUGAGGAAGAGCUUUCCCAAGUGUCAAGGAAAGAACGUUUGGAGCACGGGGCCAGGCUCCUGAAGAGGACGUCGCUCGGGUACCAAUGGUGUCUCGAUCUUGGGACGGACAGCUCGAAAAAGGGCUGUGCUGAUGCGGUCGAUGCUCUGAUGUCGAUCCUCCUUGAGAAGUGCGACGGGGACUUCAAACUGGCCGAGCAUACGGACGAUGUCUUCCUGCAGGCCACUGCUGAGAAGUGGGCUCGGGACCAGGGGAGAAGAGCCCGAGCUCCCGACCGAGGAUGAAGAGACCGAGGAGGAGGAAGAAGAUUCCAAACAUCAAACAAUGGAGAAGACCCCCCCCCCCCAAUUUGUAUUAUUCUUUCUUUUUUGCUUCUCUUGUAUAUUCCGGACAGCAGCGCCGACGAAUGAAAAAGUAUUUUUGCAGUAUCA